CAAAAUUCACGAUCCAGCCAACAUACUCGUAAGGCAUUCGCUACUAAAUUAGACGAUAACCAAGGGUGUAUCUUUCCCGAAUGCAUUGGCUGAUUGUCAACCUGAGUUUUAUGGCGCAUGUCAUGCGCAAGUCGUGAUCAAUACUUCUUUUUCGCGCCCAGACACUACCAUGGCGGCACCUUCUGAAGAAUUCUCGGUCAAUGCAAACGAAGCUGUCCAUAUUGCGAUCGUGCAACCUGACCCCGACAAUGAACUCAUCACUCGACAUGACUUCCAUCCCAAGUUCACUUACCCCAUCGUCGGCGAAGCCGAGCAGAUCUUUGGCUACAAAGGAUUAGACAUCGAGAUCAAAUUCGCUGCUCACGACCUGCGCCCGCACAUCAACAUCUCGUACCAGAAGAAAUUCAGCACUGUUGGAUCAACAAGCGCGCUCGAUCUCAACGCGACCUUCAGUAAUUUUCUACCGCCUAUCGCAUUCCAGCAGGGUUUCGAAGAGGCAAUUCAGAAUGAUAAAACUGCAACAAGUUGGACUCCCCCUGGCGUUUGCGUCAAAAAAUACAAAAGAGGUGGCCAGGAUUUCGAGGUAUGGGCCGGGUCUUUGCUAGACUUGCCUAUGCGUGCACUGAUAGACAACAUCCAAAUAUUGAUUGUCUUCUUCAUCGAAGGAGGUCAAUUCAUCAAUUUAGACGACGUGGACUGGACAUUGGAUCGGUGGAGGGUAUACCUCACAUACCACAAGUCGGUGCAACCUUCAACCCCAACUGCAUCACCAUAUUCAUUUGUCGGCUAUGCGACAACCUAUCGUUUCUACAAAUUUCAGAAUCCAAAUGAGCACAUUGCAACGCUCACCUUUCCGCCGUCAGAAAAGAUCACGCCCAACAAACUGUCAUCCCGUCUGCGAAUAUCGCAAUUCUUGAUCACACCCCCCUACCAGAGCGCAGGCCAUGGUUCGGCCUUGUAUCAAGCAAUAUAUGAUGAGGUAAUGGCCGACCCCACCAUCUUGGAAUUGACAGUGGAAGAUCCAAGUGAAGAGUUCGACAAAUUGCGAGACAUGAAUGAUUUCGACGUUUUGGAGCCACAGUUCAAGGCUGCAAACAUCAAAAUAAACACGUCCCCUUUCGCAACUCUCGAGCGUGGCCGGCUGAAGUCGGUACCAACAGCAACGCUGCUUCCUCUCGACACAUUGCAAGAGAUUCGCGCAAAGAACAAGAUCGCAAGUCGACAGUUUGCACGUAUGGUUGAAAUGUACCUGCUAGCUCAGAUUCCACUGUCACACCGUGCUGCUGGAGGUGCAUCCCUCACCAGUCUCAAAGUUAGAGGCGCUCGAGCUCCUAAUGCAGAUGAUCGCAGUUACUACUGGUGGCGUCUCCUGUUGAAGCAGCGUAUCAUGAAGAAGAACAAAGAUUUACUUAUGCAAAUCCCCCUCGAAGAACGCAUACCGCAGAUUGAGGAUAGUGCUCGAGCCCAAGAGGAUGAAUAUGAAGGUCUGAUACUCUCGUACGCUUUGAGGCGAGAAAGAGAGGCGAACGGUCAUGGCAACGGGGAGGCGUCCACAGCCACCCGUAAGAGGAAGAUGGUGCUGUCGGAUGAAGAGGACGAGUCGGAUGAUCUCGGUACUGCCUCUAAGAAGGCAAAAGUUUGAGGAGCCCUUUGUUGGAUACACAUCAAUUGGUGCCAUAGAUUUCAGCUUUCCACAUUUGUUGCGAGAAAGGACUCGGGUCCUCCAAACAAGUGCUUGUUUUCGUUCAGACCAGGACUCGAAAGGGUGGCACCCCGACAGCAGAUCUCGACCCGAGAUGGGCUGAAGCGUCCGGAUUAAGGUCGAAUUUGCUUUGUAGCAGUCUGUGGGACAGGCGAAGGACGAUCCUAUGAUCCCCAAGUCUUCAGUGUUGAUCUGUAGUAGCGGACGAAUUCAAGGCGCUCAUCAGCCUCUUCGUCAGCAAUGAUAUGCUCAUCUUCG